ACGAAAAAAAAAAGAAGAAAAGAAAGCAAAUUAUGCUAAAGUGAGGAAACAAGAAAGACGAGUGAGAAUCUUCUUCAGAUUUCAAUUUUCUUCCUCAUCGAAGUGAAGAGUGUGAAGCGUAGACUCCGAGAGGAAACUCUGUUAUCCAUUUUCUCUUUCAAGAAUCGAUUGCAAAGUGUUUACGGAUAGAUAAGAGAUGAGUGGCGGAGGAGGAGAGGAUCCGCAGAAGUUGAAGCGGAUUGCGGCGGCGGCCUAUGAUUACGACAACGACCCGCGGUGGGCGGAUUACUGGUCGAAUGUGCUAAUUCCGCCGCACAUGGCGUCUCGCAGCGACGUCGUCAAACACUUCAAGCAAAAGUUCUACCAACGUUACAUCGAUCCUGAUCUAAUUGUUGAGCCGAUGUCUAGUACCAGCUCAUCUCAAUCAGCAAGAACAUCAGCGCCACCACCACAGUCAUCAUCGUCAUCUGCUACUUCUAACAGUAAUACUCGCCAAGCGAGUUCAGGGUCCUCCAGAAGAACAUCAGGGUCAUCUACAAGUCCACCUCCUAAUUCUACGCCACUGCGUUGGGAUCAACAAACAAUUCAAUUUUCUGUCAAUGCUUGGGUCUUUGUUGUGUCAGUUCUUGCAAUUUUUCCACUCGUGCCACAGAACCUUGCAAAUCGGGCAUUUCGGCUUUCCUUCUUGGGGACUGCAUGUUCUUCUUUGUACUCUUUGUAUUCACUCUAUGGGAAACCUAGAGCAUGGAAUUUGCAGGCUUUUCAAGUGUGGUUCCAGUCGGUGGUAGUUGCCAAAGAUUUUGUCUGCUCAAUUUACUGCCUUACUUUCGUCAGUUCGCAUCUAUGCCUCAAAUUUGCUUUAAUUCCCAUAAUGUGCCGGGCCCUAGAGCAUGUCGCAAAGUUCCUGAGGCGCAACUUUAGCAGAUCCACCUUGUAUAGGAAAUACUUGGAAGAGGCUUGUGUUUGGGUAGAGUCGAACACAACCACCCUUAGCAUUCUCUCCUCACAAGCUGAGAUUGGACUUGGAUUCCUUCUGAUUAUUUCUCUGUUCUCGUCUCAGCGCAACAUUAUACAAACAUUUAUGUACUGGCAGCUUCUGAAGCUUAUGUACAAUGCUCCUGCUACUGCUAGUUACCACCAAAGUGCAUGGGCUAGGAUCGGGCAGACUGUAAAUCCACUAAUCCAGCGCCAUGCUCCAUUUCUCAAAACUCCAAUUUCUGCCAUUCAGAGAUGGUGGUUAAGGUGAAAGUCUUGAGAGAAGACGAAAAAGGGCUCACAGAAGUGGGAAAAAGGUGAAUGCCAUUGCUUCCUUCCGAGACUUGUAAUGCUGAUUGGGGAAAACAAGACAGGUCGAUAAUUUUAAUUUCAGUUCAAGUGCUCAUCUGACUACAUCUAUCUGAUUGGUCACUUCCAACUAAUAAUCACUUAAUCUAACUUUCGAGCUCCAAUAUGUACUAUCACUUCAGUUAAUUUUAAGUUAUAUUUUGCAAUCUGCAAGUUUAGAGAAACAUAUUGUUCAUUAAUUUGGCAGUUGCAGAUUGUUGCAUGUGACUUGCUAUGUGAGCCGCCGUUUGUUUUGCAAGAACAGUUUUGUAUCAUUUGGGGCUGCGGCGUGAUAGCCCCUUGAACUUCUUACGCGAAGUUGUUGUCUUGGUUUAUAACUAUUUCGGCUUAAAAAUGUCAUACAUUGAGGUUUCUAUUGAGGAAGCUCUCACUUUCUUAA